GCCGAUGAAAUCACGGAACUCGCGCUUCAAAAUCAAAAAAUUAAACAGAAUUCCCGAUGAAAACACUUGUGGAUCUACCAAAUCAAAGACGAAACAAACCGGAAUAGAAAAGCACCUUAGAUUUUGGCAACUAUGCGGGAUUCAUGGUCGAGAUUUAGGGUUUUUUGUUUAGAUUAAGAGAAUGGAGAAAAAGAAGUGGAAGGAAAUUAGGCAAAAUUCCAAGAAAGGAGUUCAUGACAAAAUGUAUCCGCCAUUUGGACCCUGAAAAUAAAACUUUCCAGCCAUGGUAUAGACGCGAGAAGCUCUCGCGUGUUUUAAAUUGAAACACGCAUAUUCCUCUCGCGUGUAUUAAAAGAAAGACGCGUCUUCUUCUCGCGUGUUUAAAGCAAACACGCGACACGCUCUCGCGUGUUUAAAGCAAACACGCGACACGCUCUCGCGUGUCUCUCUUGCUUCCAAAAUACGUCCAGAAGGCAGAACAGACCCCAAACACGCGACGCAGAUCCGAAAGCAGCGAAAAUCGGCGAAAGCAGCGGCGAAAAUCCCAUAUUUAGCUCUCCCAUUCCAAUUUGAAGUGUUGUUAGGAUGUCCCGAUAUGGACCAGAAGAUCCUUCUGUUUUGCAUUAUCAGCACAGUCAUAUAUCGCGCAAGGCGUGGGCAGGGCAGGAAACAACCUCUUUCAAUAUUCGGCGCUUUGAAGGACAUUUCUGGGAAAUCGAUAAUCAUCACAGACGCGUGAUUGAUUAUGUCUGUAGAUUUGGUUUUGGUGGAAUACUUUUCUGUGGUAAGGCUCUGGAUGUAGAUCAUGCGUUGAUCACAGCUUUGGUUGAGCGCUGGAGGCCAGAGACACAUACAUUCCAUCUUCCCGUAGGGGAAACUACCAUUACAUUACAAGACGUACAAAUAUUAUGGGCAUUACGUGUUGAUGGAGUACCCUUCACUGGAAAUGGGUUUUGUGAAUCUGGGUGGAGGGGUUUAUGUGAAGAGCUCUUGGGCUUCUAUCCCCUUCAAAGCGAGAUGAAGGAAAACGGUAUCUUGGCAUCCGCGCUAAUACAUAGGAUGGCGAUUGAACCGUUAGGAGAUGGUCUCGAAGACGAAGCCUACAUUCAACGGGCACGUAUGAUUGUGCUUGUGCUAUUGGGAGGGUUGAUCUUACCCGACGGCUCAGGGUGUAAGAUACCUCUCAUGUGGUUGACCCAACUUCGAGAUGUAGAGGCUGCCUCUAUGAUUAGUUGGGCGAGUGCUGCACUUGCUACAUUAUACCAUAAUCUGUGUGAGGCGUCUAUGGGCAAAAGGACAGACAUUGGAGGUCCGACGGUGCUCCUACAACUUUGGGUGUGGGAGAGAAUGCCCACUUUGAGACCGGAUUUUGUAGCGGCACGUCUACAUACAAACAACACUCCAUGUGCCUUAAUGUGGACUGGCUCCUAUAUGAUAAACAGAGCCCCCAAACAUUCGGUUCGACAUUAUCGUGAACAGUUGUCAUUACUCCAAAAUAGCCAGUUUAUUUGGAUGCCCUACGUGGACCGACAAUUGCCAGACUCCUGCCUCGAUAUGAACAACAGUUGGAGAUCUGUGACGUACAUUGUGUGUUGGGCUAUUGUAGAAGCACAUGAACCUGAACGCGUGGUUAGACAAUUUGGAGGCACGCCGUUCAUCCCGGAAUUGCGUGAUUGGGGUUUCAAUGAAACUCACUUCAAAACCAAUCGGCGUGGAAAGGCUAAGACGAACUGGGCUGUGCAGAACAAGGCCUACAUCCAAUAUUGGGAGAGAAGGUCUGAGUUCGUUACUAACGCUUACAUGGAGCCUCUUGCAGACCACGUGCAGGUGAUGAGGACUCGACAAUACAUGGAGUGGUAUUUUAAAAUUACCAUUACAUAUAUCACGCAGCCGGGUAGGCUUCCAGAAGUAGGGAUGAACACUGUUGCAAAAUCCACCAGCACCAGAUCCCUCUAG